GGCCGCCGCCAUUUUGUCCUGCGGAGGCAGUACUUAGGGCGCAGCGCCCGCGCCGCCGCCAUUGCAUCAGCGCCGAGCGCCGCCCGCCUCGGCUCCCUCUUCCCUCCCCUCCCUGCCGCGCCGUCCUCGCCUCCGCCAUUUCGUGGCCGAGUGCUGCCCGCGGAAGACCGGCGCCGCGGCGGAGCCUCCCGCCUUCCCCCCCUCUCGCGCUCCUGUUCCCAGCGGCGCCUCGGUCCGGCCCGGCUCGCGCAGCUAUGUCGUCCACCCCCGAGUACGCCUCCUUCUUCGGCGUGAUGGGCGCCUCGGCCGCCAUGGUCUUCAGCGCCUUGGGAGCUGCAUAUGGGACAGCAAAGAGCGGCACAGGUAUUGCAGCCAUGUCUGUCAUGAGGCCUGAGCUCAUCAUGAAGUCCAUCAUCCCUGUAGUCAUGGCGGGUAUUAUAGCGAUCUAUGGCCUCGUCGUGGCCGUGCUUAUCGCCAACGCGCUCUCAUCUUCCAUCACAUUAUUCAAGAGCUUUCUUCAGCUGGGUGCUGGCUUGAGUGUGGGCCUCAGCGGCCUGGCUGCUGGCUUUGCCAUCGGCAUUGUGGGUGACGCAGGCGUCCGGGGGACAGCACAGCAGCCCAGGUUAUUUGUGGGCAUGAUCCUCAUCCUGAUCUUCGCUGAAGUCUUGGGGCUCUACGGCCUCAUUGUUGCCCUUAUCCUCUCCACAAAGUAAACGUUGCAGUAUGAUGUAAAGAGAUGUAACAAAUCCAUGUUUCAAACAAAAAGCUCCAGAAUGAAAAUGGUCUCUCCAAUGUGUACAGUUGUCCCAAUUUGGUAGUUGAUCUCUUGUAAAUGCGCAAUGUAUGUUAGUGACUCGUCUGUCCUGUGUGUACUUCAAUAUUAAAUUGGAUGGGCUGCUCCAAGCCUGCUGCAUGGCUUGGGGUGGCCUGUGUGCAAUUUUCCACCCAUUGCUGUUAGUACUUUACGUAUAAAUAUGAACUAGAAAUGUAAUUUUUUCUCUUCACUGGAUGUUUAUAUAUAAAAGACUUGACAUGUUCAUACAUCUAUGGAGCAAGGAUUUUCAAUUUCCCAUGCUAUAUAUAUUAUAUAUAGGUAGAUUACACUGUGGGGUCAAUUGUAAGUGCAGAGAAUUCCUUUGGAUGUAACUUUGAUUCUAAAGAUUGCUGUAGUGUCAUGGUAUUGGAGUAUGAGAAUCUUGUGUUUUAUUACAGCAAUUGUCUGAAACACUCCCGUGUUUCAGUAGUAACGGUGUAUGCUCCGGCAUCAGAGUUGUGCACCCAGUGUUGGGUUACAAACUUAAACCAUGUUUCCGAAUAAAACUUCCUCACUACACUGCUGUAA